AUGGCUUGGCGCAAGGCCAGGGAGACCCCCCCCCGCAGCCCUUUACCCCAGAAGAACGGGGAUCCGGAGGCUGGAGGGCAGGGGCAAGCCCGGGAGAUAUCCAGGCCGCGCCGGCAGGUUGGCAGCCUUCCCGGGGGCUCGGGCGUCAAGGCCGGGAGCUGCUGUCUUUCCGGCCGCCCCGCCCAAGGCGCCCUCUGCCCCCUCCCCCCGAGCGGGCCAGCGAAGGAGCUCCUGCCGCCGCCGCCGGGGAGCCGCGGGUGGGGGCGAGCGAGGGCCUGCCGGGGGUCCCGCCGCCGCCCUCCUCCGUCCGGCGGGGCUGCAGAGCCGGUGCGCGGCCGCCUGCCCCGGGGACCGCGCUGGACACGUGGCGGGAGCGGCUGCGCGACACGUGUCUGGGGGCCGGCGCGGGGGGGGGGGCACUCGUGGUGCAGGAGCCCCGGCGGGCGGCGCGGCGUGUUGAGAGGCGCGGGACUCCCCGGCCGCCAGCCCCGCAGAGUCGGCCAACCGCGGGUUCGGCGUGGCGGGCAAAGGAGCCCCGCGGCCUUGUUGAGCCGCCCGGUCAAGCGGGCUCAGCUGCCGGCCAACCAAAGGCUGCGCCCCUCGGAGAGGCCCCGGACGGCCGGUGAAGACCCCCCCCCGCCCGUGCCCAGCCUCUUGCUCCGGCCCCAGCAGGCCUGCGCGCCACCGAGGGGGCCCCGCAGCCUGGAGGGGAGGCGGGGGCGAGGCCUGGGAGUCCGGCCGCGGUGCCGGGCUCGGGGCUGGGGCGCUCAGCAGGUGCCCCCCCCCUCCAUUGGCGCAGACGAGUGCUGGCUGGAGCCCCGGCGGCGGCGGCGGCGGCAUGAUGGCUUAGCGGCGGCGGCGCGGGGCUAG